AUGAGCAUCAGGCUGGAAUUACACACAGACAGAUAUGUGGAUGGGCUUUGUAAUUGCUUUACCUUGGACACAGGCCAGAUGGCUCUGAAAAGUGAGAUAGCCCCAUUGGAAUCGUGUUUUAGUUACAGUGACUACAAUGAAGCGUUCCGUCUAAAUGAGAGUGAAGUUAAUAACCUGCAAUCUGAAAUGGAAUGCGAUAGUGUAGAUGUAGAUGUGAACAUCAGUUCUGGACAAGAAGAAACUUGUAAACGUAAAAGGGGUCCAUACAGAUACUACUCUGAGGUACAGAAGCAAAGAUUCUGGCAAUUAGUUAUGGUGCAAGGGGAUUCCGCAUACAAGGCCGCACAAGCAACAGACAUCAGUUUGCAAACAGCUUACACUUGGAAAAGAAACUGA